AUGGUUGAAUCUUCUUGCAUACUUUCCAUGGCUGCAUCUCCGUCGUCUCUCGCCGGUGGAGAGAAGAAACACUGGUGGCUCACCAAUAAAAAGAUGGUGGAGAGGUAUGUGAGGGAUGCGAAAAUGCUGAUUGCGACGGAGGAACAAAGAGAGACUGUGGCGGCUUUACGCCUGCUUGAAGCGGCGUUAGCAAUUUCGCCGCGUAUGGAGGUGGCUUUGGAGCUUAAGGCGCGGUGUUUGCUUUCUCUGCGGCGGUUCAAGGAGGUGGCUGAUAUGUUGCAGGACUAUAUUCCUAGCCUGAAAAUGGGUUCCGACGAGGAAUCUUUAACGGGCUCGUCGGAUAACUCGUCCAGUCAGCUGUCGAGAGAGCGAAUGAAACUUCUCUCCGGCAACGGUGACUCACUGCGUCAAAGUGAGCCGGCUUUCAAGUGCUUUUCUGUCUCGGAUUUGAAGAAGAAAGUCAUGACCGGACUCUGUAAAAAAGUCGACAAAGAAGGCCAAUGGAGGUACUUGUUAUUGGGUCAAGCUUGUUGCCACCUGGGCUUAAUGGAGGAUGCAAUGGUGCUACUUCAGACCGGAAAACGUCUUGCCACGGCGGCGUUCCGCCGGGAAAGCAUUUGCUGGUCGGACGACAGCUUUUCCUUCAACAGAUUCCCACUCUCCGGUGAAACGCCUAUCAACAACCAACAACCCUCAACGCCUCCAAAAACAGAGCCUGAGAGCAUUUCCCAGCUUCUCAGCCACAUCAAGCUCCUCAUCCGCCGUAAGACUGCUGCAAUGGCCGCCCUGGAUGCAGGGCUUUACUCUGAAGCCAUUCGACAUUUCUCAAAAAUUGUUGAUGGCCGCCGCGGAGCCCCGCGGGGGUUCUUGGCCGAGUGUUACGUGAACCGUGCCUCGGCUUAUCAAUCAGCAGGCAGAAUAGCAGAGGCUAUUGCAGAUUGCAAUAGAACCUUAGCAUUGAACCCUUCUUGCAUUCGGGCUCUUACUGUCAGAGCAGCCUUAUUUGAAACCAUAAGAUGUUUGCCUGAUAGUCUCCACGAUCUGGAGCAUUUGAAACUCUUGUAUAACUCGAUUCUACGCGAUCAAAAGCUGCCCGGACCAGUAUGGAAGCGCCAGAACAUUCAGUACCGGGAAAUUCCAGGAAAACUCUGUUCAUUAGCUGCGAAAAUCCAGCAAUUGAAGCAAAGGGUUGCUGCUGGUGAAACUGGGAAUGUAGACUAUUAUGCUUUGAUUGGAUUAAGACGAGGUUGUUCAAGAUCAGAACUCGAAAGAGCCCAUUUGUUGUUGACACUUAGACACAAGCCUGAUAAAUCUUCCAGUUUCAUUGAUAGGUGUGAAUUUGCAGAUGAUGGGGAUAUAGAUUCAGCUAGGGAUAGAUCAAAAAUGUCUGCUUUGCUUUUGUAUAGAUUGAUUCAAAAGGGUUAUACUAGUGUGAUGGGGACGAUUUUGGAUGACGAGGUGACUGAAAAGCAAAGAAAGGCUGCAAUGCAAGUUCAACAGGCUCCAGAACAAUCAUCCACCAGAGUCGAAUCAAUUCUGGUGGCCAUUUCAGAUACAUCUAAUGGCGGCGGUACUCAGCGGAUUGAGAACAAUGCAGCAAUUACAACACCACCACCAUCGGUGUUUCAAGGAGUUUUCUGCAGGGACCUUACUGUGGUUGGCGAUUUGCUUUCUCAGUCUGGAUUUAACCGUCCAAUGCCAGUGAAAUAUGAAGCAUUGAGCUGCUGA